CUUCAGGUCCCGUCAGGAGGAUGUCAACAUGCCUGUCUUCCGGAGCGAUCCUUGUGGAAUAACCUGCCUGAUUCUCACCUACGCUGCGAUAUUCUACGCUGACUAUGUCAUCGUUAACUGGGUGGUGCUCCAGACUAUGUCCACCAGCUUGUGGGGUGCUGUACAUGCUGUAUUCUUCAAUAUCAUCGUGUUCAUGACAAUAAUGGCACAUGUCAGGGCAGUGUUUAGUGACCCAGGCAUUGUUCCUCUACCUCAAAGUCGCCUUGACUUUUCCGACAUGCAUGCUGGAGGAGAGAAGAACGAUGACUGGACAGUGUGCGCCAGGUGUGAAAUGUAUCGUCCUCCAAGAGCCCAUCAUUGUCGCAUUUGUCAACGAUGUAUACGCCGCAUGGACCACCAUUGUCCUUGGAUAAACAAUUGUGUUGGAGAAUGGAACCAAAAGUAUUUCUUACAGUUCCUAAUGUUUGUUGGAGUGAUGGCCAUAUAUUCUGCAUGUCUUAUUGCAUAUUCAUGGAUUAAGAGUUGUCCUGAAUGUUCCAAGGAUAUGAUGGUGAAGCAGAGUAGACUAUUACAUUCAGUUAUAUUAAGUAUGGAAAGCAUACUGUUUGGCUUAUUUGUUUUGGCAAUCAUGUGGGACCAAAUGCAGGCAAUCCUUACUGAUGAAACAGCAGUUGAACAGGUGAAACGCCAAGGUCCUUAUCGUGCACGGCGACCUAAGAUGGUUCUUUUGCGAGAGGUGUGUGGCCGCAGCCGCCCCAUUCUGUGGGUAUUCCCUUGCACCAGUGCUCCAAGGAAUACUGAACCAUCUUACAAUGUAACUGUUUAAAACAUUAUUCCAAUCUUUCAUCUAGAUCUGAUCUCUAUCACACACACACACACACACACACACACACACACACACACACACACACAUGCUUACUCCGGUAGCUCAGUCGGUUAGAGUGCUGCGUUGCAAGGCUUCACGGCAAAACAGGCCCCGCUCAGGCCGGAUUCUUUCCGUUGACUAGGAGUGGUUACUGUCCCCCCUUGAGCAAGGGGGAUGGGGUGUGUGGUGUGUGAGGUCCUGGCAGUACCCAGAGAUUCACAAUAAUGAGCACUUGUUCACGUCGUGAGGGUACCUGCUGGCGAAAGCGAGUCCAACUCGUGAUCACGCCGUGGUGAAUUACACACACACACACACACACACACACACACAUACACACACACACACCUGUGUGUGUGACCUGUGUGUGUGGAGCGAGAGAGAAACGAGAGGACAUGGAAAAAAGUUGAGGGCAACCACGUGUAGGCGAGAUGUGAAAAAGUUUAGCUUCCCAAACAGAAACAAUGAGCUAUGGAAUGGACUGGAGGAGGAGGUGGUUUGUGCAAGAAACAUUCAUGAUUUUAAGGAAAAGUUGGAUAAGAGAGGAUAUGGAGACGGGACAGCGCAAGCGUAGCUCUUUUCCCGUAUGUCACAACUAGGUAAAUACACACACGCACACACACACAGUCAUAUAAUCAGUAGUUUUUAUUUGAAAAUUUUUAGUGUUUGAUCUGUUGAACUAAUAGCAUUUCCAAACUAAAACAUACAUAUGAUACUUCAUGUGGUACAUAUUCAUGAGUUACAUACAAAAAUGUAAUGAUUAUUUAUCCCUUCGUGCAGUUAUGAUUUUUAAUCUCAACCAUGCUUUAUUAAUGUCAGUACUAUUCAUACUUGUGUUUUCCUAGUGCACAGAUGCACUGCAGACCUUGCAUAGCUUUACUGUGGCCUGUGGUUUUAUGUAAAGAAAACUACAUAUUAUCUGCGUCAUUAUCCUGUUUCCCAUAGCCAAGAUGGGGAGUCACCUUAUGCUUAUACGGUCUAGUUUACUUUAUAUAAAACAAUGUAAAUACAACAAAAAUAUUAUUGAAACUUAGACAGUGCCUCUUCUGUGCAUGUAUAUUUAAUUUGGGUUCCAAAUUUAAUAUACGAGAUGAUAGAAUAACUAUGGUAGAAUUGAAAGUAUAAGUAUUAAAAGGUUAAAGUAUCUGCAUGGGUUGAAAUUCUAAACACAUAGGAAUCGUAUAUGAUUAUAAGGAGUUACAUAAAUUUGAUGUACCAUUUAUUAUAUGGCUGAAUGAUAUGAUCCUGGAAAUGAAAAGGUAUCCAUCCCUGCUUUGGUUUAUGAGUCACUGAAUUUUUCUAUAAUUUCAUAUAUUUAUUGAACAGUUGACCUCUUCUUUGCGGUAUGAUUAAAAUGAAAUAUUUAUGUUAUGUAUAGUUAUAAUUUUAUUGAAUACUGUAGAUACCAAGAAAGGCCUGAUUAAUGUAUCACAGAACAAAACCUUAAUUUUAUGACCAGAACAGACAGCAGUUCUUCACUACUAACCUCCUUUACAAUGCAUCUUCAUGUGCUAUCUGGUAAAGCAUAAAGUAUGUAUUGUUAUCUUUGAAGCAUUCAUGAAGCAUUCAUGAAAAACAGAUGAUGAUGAAACAUUCUGAAACGAAGUCAACCGAAGUUCACGUCUACUACUUUCCUCACAACAUUAUUUAUUAUAUAUAUAUAUUUUUUUUUUUGUUUUGUUUUUUACAUCCCCACCUAUAGUGCCGGUAGGCUUUCUUCAGGGGCCAGAUGUUCGGCCCAAGCCCGUUGUGGCACAGGCAAUUUUUUAUAGUGGCGCAAGUUUUAUGCUUGGCUCAUACUGCCCCCCGGAACUCAUUCUUGAUUCACUGGACGGUUUCUUCAAGAUUCUGGGUUGAUGGGUGGUCUUCUGGACAGCAUGUGGGUAGUCUUAGGCCACUCGGCGGUGACUGAAAAAUCCCAGGUGGUAGCGUGGGGAUUCGAACUACACAAACCAGUUAUGUAAAUGGAUGUAUUCAUAAUAGAACAUUUGAGGCAGAAGCCACUAAAUUGCAGUUUAAUAAAAUACAUACAAAAUGUAUAUUCUAUAUCUAUAGGUAUUACCUGGGAAAAAAUAUUUGGCUUGUAUUAGCAAUAUUUGUAUACCCAUAUAUAUAUAUAUAUAUAUAUAUAUAUAUAUAUAUAUAUAUAUAUAUAUAUAUAUAUAUAUAUAUAUAUAUAUAUAUAUAUAUAUAUAUAGUAAAAGUUCAAUAAUCUGGUGUUCAGUACUUUGGAACUUCUGAUAGUUCAAAAUUUUCAGCUGUUUUUUUAUAUAUAACUGAGAAAAUUGGUGGGAAAAAAGUGAAAAAUACCGAAAAUGAGAUGAAAACGGUGCACCAAACUAUCUAAUUCUGCACCCAUGUGGACAUAGUCACCUUAAAAAAAAAAAAAAAAAAAAAGUGGUGAAGAUGUAGCAUAAACACAUUUACGUGAAAGGCCACAGGCACAUAUGUGUCCUGUAUCUUCAUUAGUGUAGAGUAAAAGGAAUGGAACAGCUCAUUAUUUAAUUUUGUUUUUCGAUCAUGGAGGCGCACACAAAAUAAUUACAUUAAUUUUCAAAUUCAUUGAUAAUGAAGAUUUGUUAGCACCAGAUGCAACUUGCAAUUUCUUCACCCAAAACUACCUUUCCCGCCAUGCUGAAUGGGAAACCUCAUUCUUUGCUUUGUUAACAAACACCACCACUCUCACUGCCUCACUGCCACAUCCUUGCCCUUGCUGCCUCAUUGCAAAAGGCAUUUUAAGGCAUUUUUAAGGUAUGUCCAGUUUACGUCAAAUAUAUGUACAUGUAUAUAUACGUAUGCAUGCCUCCUUUGUGUCCUGUGGCAAGGGUGUGGCUGUGCAUCACUUGACAGGAGAGGCAAUGGAGACCGCUGCAUCCUCCUGGGUGUUGAGUUCAACAGUUGUGUUUGUGUUUGCAUGGUGCAGUUUGAAUAUUUUGAGGUCCCCUCCUAUUAAUUCGGAAAAUCUAAUCCAGAAGGUCCAUGACCCCUUGUAUGCCGGAUUAAAGGACUUUUACUGUAUACAUGUAUCAUUGAAAGUGAUGGCUAGUUUUUCAUUUGUUAUUUUCUUCAGGGUAGUUUCUCUAUACUCUGAGUUACUUGUUCUCUUUUGUUGUUAGGUUUACUCUGUACCUAGCAUUUUUGUGCGAGACUGUGAUUUUGGUUCCUGGAUCCCUUAUCAGAAGCCUUGCAAGAGAGUGGUGUUUCUUCCUUUGGAAUUUAAGUGAGAAUGGUGAGCCGGCUGCAUGAGCCUUUAUUUAAGCAAGGGCCUGGCUGCCGUCUUUGUACUCGGUCACUGAUGAUUGGCUGUUAAUUCUUGAUCCUCCUCGCUGCUUCCUCUGACAUUGCUGAUUGGUUGUGGCCCCCCACUCCUCUUCUCAUGUUUUGUAGAAUUUGUAUAUCCUCAACUUGAGUGUUGAGUUUGGUGUCAAAUACUUUUAAGUACAACACUUCCAAGAUAUGAAGGUGUCUUAUAUCCGUACACAUGGUGAUGACUUCAGUGUUUUCUUCCAGCAUAUUUCUUGUUAAAUUGGUAUCAUGUUCUUCUUCACAUGAAUUUAUUUUAGAAGCACCAGAAGACAGGUGUUAUGUCAAGUGAUGAGACAACCUUGUUAUAGUCAUGCUGCUAUGGUUGGAUGGGAGAACUUGGGAGUUUCCUUGUUUAUUGAUUAACUUAUAGACAGCGUCAAACUUUUUGUGUUCUCUUUUAUUUUUCUGACUGGGGUUGUUUCUGAGCAUGAGUUGGCUUCUUUUCUGAUUCUUCUAGUAAUAUGGAAUUUUACUCUUUUGUCGGGGUGUGUGGGUUUCACAUUCCAGUAUACUAUUUGUUUCAUUAUUCUCUCUUCUCUUUAUAUGCUGAUGAGAAGAAUAUUCUGUAGAAUAUGUUAACUUCAGUUUUCUUUUUUAAAUAAGUUUUUUUAAAAGUUCUCAGCUAAAAGAUUUGAGAUAUUAAUAUCCAAGUUUGGCAAACAAUAUGAGCUGAUAUACUAUAAUUCUUUAGUUUUUGUCCAUAUAGUAAAAAAUAGAUGUGAGCAUGAAUAAGAGAAUCAAGGCUUAAUUUUCCAGCACAAUGAGACAAUGAUAUACAUAUAUGGAAUAAAUGUAUCUAUAGGUGAAAAGCUUGGCACAAAUUUCAAACCUCAUUACCAUGAAAGGCUUCCCUACCCCAAAACUUAUUUGUGUCAUCUAUCUUAGAAGGGCAGCAUAUUUGAAUUAAAUGAGGAAUUACAUACUGUAUAUUUUAGUACAUAUUAGUUUAUUUGUAUUUGUGACUAUCAUGGUAUAAAUGUUUUGCAUUAAAGUUCUUUCAAAAGUAUAUUAGUGCAUAGACUGCAUAUAGCCAAUCAAUCUCUUGCCCUGUCCAGAAAAGUUCAAGAAAGAUCUAAUGGCAUUUAGAAAUUUUGUUUUGGUGAAAUGUGAAACUGGUUAAUUUUUAACAGCAACUUCAUAUGAUCAUCCAUAAGUCCAUUAAUUUGAAACAUGAUUGAUAUUCAGCUAAAUAAGUGUGUAAUUAUUUACUUUAAUGUUUUUUUCAUUCAUCCUAAAUAAUAGCAAGCAUAUGUUUGAAUUACUCUGCCAUUUAGAAUGCUGAUUCACAAAGAUAUCAACAUAUCGUAUAAUACUGCUUUACAUGUAAUAAAACAAUCCUGUGAUAUACUUUAUAUAAUAAUGGUAGGGCAAACAUGUGAAUAAUAGUUGUUUAUUCAAUUUUUCUAUGAAGAUUUUUAUGAAAUCUCUACCUAUAGAAUUCUGAACAGAAUUCUAUAUUAACAUCUUGUGGGCUGUUGAUAACAUUCAAGUGGUGACAUUCUUCUUUUUUCAUUUUUCAGUCUUUCAUCCUUUAUCAUCAUUCAGUUGUUGUGUUACACCAUGGGAUCACACUCUUAUUUCUACUUCCCCAUGGUGUAACCAAGGGUGAAAGCAUUGUGUGUGUCUGGCAUACCUGUUGGGAUUUAUUAAUUGUGUUAGUUAAGUGGCAUUUAACAUAAGCUUAGUUGGGGUCAGACCUAGUUAUUUAGGUACUAUGCAUUUCUGAGAUCUUGUGACAGUCUUGUUUAGCAACUUUUGAGAUGGAUACAAACCAGUGUUUCACCCCCUCUAAGUUUGCUGUUUAGACUUUGCAACCUCUUAACCCACAUAACUGGAAUAGGCAUUACCAUUUAGUUUUCCUAUGACAUCCUGUUCAGAGCAAGGGAAGGUUUAACAUUCAAGAGAAAAAUGGGAAUAUGCUAUGUAUGUAUUAGAUACUACUUGAAAGGGGGAGCAAUAGAGGAAGCAAAAGAUGAAUUACCACUAUCAUCUGACUCCAUGUAAAUGUAGGUACAUGUAAUGAUACUCUGCUCAGAAAACUUAGUUAUGUCUUGUAGAUGGAUAAAUACUUAUUUCCUAUGUAUAUUUAUCUACAUACUCAUACUGAUUUUAUCAUUUAUAUCUGCUGUAAUGAAUACAUUCUCUACAAUCAUUUAUAAUAAUGAUAAUCCAUGAUGCAAAGUAAUUUGAACAUCACAGUCUUACAGUGCCUUGGAAAGGGUGCAUGUGCAAGCUAUACCAGGAUUUUUCUCAUACCAAAAUUGGUUUCAUCUUCAUGAAAGGUAUAAGAUUCUCAGUAGAUAAAGUAAUCAUGACAAAAUGCCAUCCCUUUAAUAUUUUUUUUUUUCAGCCUCAGAAACAUGAAUUGUUCUUUAGAGUAGCAUGCCACUAAUGAAGGGAAAUUUUGACAUAAAAUCAGUGAGAAAAAGAAGGGACCAUGAAGGUAUUUUAAUGUUACACAUCAGUAUUGCAAAAGGUAAAGGAGGAACAGGUCAAAUCACAUACA